AAGUUUAAGUCUUGAACUUUUUAGGGUUUAGCAGAAAGUGUCAACAAGCAGCUGCAAAAAUGGGGAGCGGGAAAGCAAAGAAGCCAUCGAAGCUGUCUCACAGAAACCCUAAGAACAAGGGCAGGCCGCUCGGCCCUAAGACGAAGAAGACGAAGGCCCAAUCCCACACCAAGGACAAGAAGAAGAAGGAGAAGAAGCAACGGCUCAGCAGUGGCGGCGGCAAUGGAAACCCAAUUGACGAGAAAGCGAGCAAUCAAAGCAGCCAAAACGACAGCGGUUUAAGCGACGGUGCUGAGGUACAACCGGCAUCGGCUUCCGCGCAGCUCAGCUUCUUCCUGGACAAGUUUCAGUCCGCCAAUGGCGUUCAGCUUUCCUCUCUCGAGUUGGAGUCCUUCAAUGAUAAGUGUAUUCUGGAUCUGUCUGAAAGCUUGGAUCAAGAUGUCAGCAGCUUGUUGAAACAUGUGAAGGAAGCUUUUGGUCCAUCAUGGAAACAAGAACUUUGUGGAAAGGAUCUUGUGGAUGGGAAAAUUGAUCCGGGGAGUCCAGCAGUUCUUAUUAUUAGUACUUCUGCGUUGAGAGCGAUAGAACUUCUUAGGGGCUUCCGGUUGUUGACUAAUGAAUGUCGUGCAGCAAAGCUGUUCUCUAAGCAUAUGAAGGUUGAAGAACAGGUAUCCUUGUUAAAAAACCGCGUCAAUAUCGCUAGUGGUACACCAAACAGGAUAAAGAAGCUAAUUGACAUUGAGGCAUUGGGGCUUUCACGACUGUCGGUGAUUGUACUUGACAUGCACCCAGAUGUUAAGGGCUAUUCCCUGAUUACGCUUCCACAAGUCAGAGAUGAAUUCUGGGACUUGUACAAGAACUACUUUCACGAUCGACUACAACAAGGUUCCUUGCAUCUCGGUCUCUAUGGUCCGUUAACAUCUGGGAAAGAGCUUAAGGGGAAAAAGAGGGGACCGAAUGAAUAACAAAUUUUAGUCCAUUUUUUGUGCAAAUUUUGAGCUAUGUCAUGUGUCCUCUCUUAACUUUUAUUCAUUUGAAUCUUGAUAAUAUGAAGUUGUUUUAUGUCCA